UCACGCCCACAGGACGCAGGUAGCUGUUAAAAGCGACCCCGAGCGCAGAGAGGCGGUACCGGGGUUUAGUUACCAGUGCAGGUGCCUUCCCCCGCCGCUCUUCUCUUGCAGAAAUAGGCACCCAGUCUGGCUCCAUCGCUUCUGUUUGGAGCUCCGGACAGCCGCUCGACUUCUCCAAACCAAGCCUGCUGACCUGGAAUCAAACUGACACGGAAAUACGCCUCUCUCUCAGUCUCAGAGUCUCAGAUUCUACCAGUGCUAAACCAUGGCUCACCUGAUGAGGACCAUCCGCGACUCGCCGGCCGCCUUGCGCCGCAGAUUCGCCCGCGACCGGACCGAGAGCCUGUCUCACGGGGACCCGCUGUUCAAGGUGCACUACCUGGGCACGGAGAAGAUCUACUCCCUUCGAGCCGAGCAAGCCGAGGAGGCCAUCAGCCGGCUCCUGCAGGGGGCGCCGGCGGGCAAGCUGCCCAAGGACCACGCCCUGGUGGUGCGACCGCGCUACGUGGAGGUCAAGGAGAUCGCCACCGGGCGGCAGCUGACCAAAACGUACCUGCGGGACAUAGCGUGCUGCGCGGCGGGGGCCACGCGGCCCGACGUCUUCCUCUAUAUCUGCAAGAGCCGUGGGAGCGGGCAGCUGCAGUGCAGGGUGUUCUGGUGCGGCAAGGAGGAGCGGGUUCGACAGCUGACAGGCUGCCUGGCACAGUCCUUCCAGAGAGCGCUCAGUGACUGGCAGGAGAGCUCUGCCAACCAAGGGGAGGAGUCCGAGGGAACGGAGGAGGCGGGGCCGUCCGGAGGCCCGCCCCGCCCAGAGGGGCGGGCCUCUACACUGCCAGCCAAUCUCGACAGAGUCAGGUCGUUGGAGAAAGAAGGCUUGCAGCUCCAGGAGUCUUUUGAAAGCGAGGGUGAAGAGGGGGUCGACUGGGGAGGAGUGAGAAUGAGCUGGAGGAAGCAGGCAGCACCUCGCCUGGGACACGGAACUGGAGCUACCAGCCACGAGGUUCGCAAUCAACAGACGGACACGCGUUUUUUUGGAAAUGCGAGCGUGGCUGCUGGUCAGGGGCACGCUGUGCCAGGAGACCGUCGGACAAACGUUCUCUGAAUACAGGCAGCUGGGGUUUUUUGUCUGGUGUUUUUUUUUUUUUUUUUUUUUUUUUAACGUGACGUUUCCUCGUGACGCUACCGGCUGUUUUGCAGAAGCGCUGCGCGAGGGGGGCUCUGUCAGAGACCAGCGGAAUGCAGCACACACGAAUAUCCAUUACAAAGUGUCCUGAGGGCAGCAGUGCGUGUAUCUCCUGCCCUCUGCUGUCUGGAGCGUGUUACUGCAGCGCAUUUUGGGUGAAGUUUAGAACAUUCCAGUUCGAGAAUGAGUCCCAGUGUUCCCUGACCGGCUCUUCAGUAAUUAAUGCAGCAUCCAUACAUCCUGUUAAAAUGGUCUUAUUUUAUUUUUUAAAUAGGGGAACGUGUUCUAUACAUUUAAAAAAAAAAAUUAUAAUAAUAGUAAAAAUUAA